UAAAAGUCCCAGAUUGCAAAGGACUCACCUUCUUCUUUCUUCUUCUUCUUCUUCUUCUUCUUCAUCUUCUUCUUCACCAGAAGAGAAUCUAGGGUUCCAGAUUUACUCUCUUCUCAUCGAUCUACACAUCCUUGGAUCUUCAAUCUCUGUACAUUUCAAGGUACGUAGACGACCAAACACAAAAAAGCUAACCAUGGCGAAAACUCGACCAGGUGUCCCCUCGAAAAUCAAAACUGGGAGGAAAGAGCUCGACUCUUACACCAUCAAAGGCACCAACAAACUCGUCAGAGCUGGAGAUUGUGUGUUGAUGCGUCCCUCAGAUGCUGGCAAGCCACCGUACGUGGCACGUGUCGAGAAGAUCGAAGCCGACGCUAGGAACAACGUGAAGGUGCACUGUCGGUGGUAUUACCGCCCCGAGGAGUCACUUGGCGGUAGGAGACAGUUCCAUGGAGCCAAAGAGCUUUUCUUGUCUGACCAUUUCGACGUUCAGAGCGCACACACCAUUGAAGGAAAAUGCAUUGUUCACACCUUCAAAAACUACACCAGGCUUGAGAACGUUGGCGCUGAGGAUUAUUAUUGUAGGUUCGAGUACAAGGCUGCUACUGGUGCUUUUACCCCUGACCGUGUUGCUGUGUACUGCAAAUGUGAAAUGCCGUAUAAUCCAGACGAUCUCAUGGUGCAAUGUGAAGGCUGCAAAGACUGGUAUCAUCCUGCGUGUGUAGGCAUGACGAUUGAAGAAGCAAAGAAGCUUGACCACUUUGUGUGUGCUGAAUGCAGCUCUGAUGAUGAUGUCAAGAAAUCGCAGAACGGGUUCUCCGCAUCUCCAGCUGAUGAUGUUGUCAAGGUGGAAACGAAGCGCAGAAAAAGAUAAUGUCGAGGUUCUCAUGGGUAACAAAGCCACAGAGGGGGACUGGCAAGUUAGUCAUAACUUGGGAGCUCUUUGGUGCAGAUUUUUAGUAAGUUAGGUUUUUUUUUUUUGAUUGUCUAUGUCGUCAUGGUUGUGAUUAGUGUCUGUAUGGUGCUGUUCCAAAACUAAGAGAAGAUCGGAGAGAUGAUGAAGACAAGUUGUUAUGGUGGCAGAGUCAGUUGUAUAGACUUCUCCGCGGUGUCUUAGUUAACUUUAGAUAUGUUUUAUUUUGCGUAUGUUGUUUUUGUCUGAUGAGAACAGAUGUGAACAUGAAGAGGAGCGCUUAUAUAUAUAUAUAAAGAAAUUCAUCAAA